AUGGGCAUGACGGUCUUGGCAUGUGGGGAGGACGAGCCUGCAACAGCCCUGGUCCCGUACCACGAUGAUGCGACACUCACCAAGGCGAGGUCCUCCACUGAUGCGACGGGCCUGCUGUUGCAACACGGGGAGCCCCGUGUGGCCGCAGGAGUGGCUGUCUUCGGAUUGGGAGUUGUGGCACUGCCCCUUCUAGAGCAAUGCUCCGAAGGAGACUCGCUCCUGUCGGAGGCAGAGCAGCGGAGUAGGCUGGGCGUUCUUAAGCCCUCGACCAUCGCUCUGGAGAUCCAGAAAGACUGGGGCGACGUCGGAAACAGCGAGCGCUGCGACCUGUCCGAGGAGGUCUCCGCGUUACAGCGCUGGCGGGACCAGGCCCUGGAGUCUGUGGCGGCUUUGGAGCGACGCUCCGCGCUGGCCUUCCUUGGACUCGGUGCCGAUGCAGAGCCCGAAGCGGUACAUCGAAGCUACAAGCAAAAGGCCCUAUCUGUCCAUCCGGAUAAGGGUGGCAGUGAGGAAGACUUCCAGCAGCUCCAGUUGAUGCUUGAGCGCAUCCACGUUCCGACUGAAGAAGAGACCAGCAGCGGGGGCUUGUUCGGAAUGAACGGGCUUCUCAAGCGCUGCAAGGAAGCGCAGCAAGCCAGGGAGGAUGCCGAGGCCGACGGCCUCCCUGAAGCGACGAAGCUUGCACAGCGUCGGCUCAAGUUGCAUGACGACGCUGUUGACCUCUGGAAGCGUGCGACCGAAGCCCAACAGCAGCUGGAAUGCAAGAGUGGCAUUACUCUGCGCCUUCGCCAGAAGACAGCAUCAGGCGGAGCCCCCCCGUGCCUAGACCUCCUGCGCCGACAUGUCGCGAGCUUUUCUGACGAAGUUGGGCUGCUCGCACCAGGGAAGGCCCCUGCCGAGCGGCUUUUCUGUAGAUUUCUCCGGCAGGGAGUUGAGCUGCUCGCAGCCGCUGCCUUGGCUGAUGCACCAGGUGCUCUGUCCCUAGUCGCAAUGUAUUUCACCGGUCCUUUGGUACAAGCGGCGAGGAAGUUUGGACCCUGCCCGUCUUUGGAGAGUCGCUGCCAAGCUCUUCUGAGAUCAUUGGCGGAAGUCCCGGACAAACUGGAUGGCUUUCUGAAUUCCUUGCAGGAGGGCCUGGCCGACCGGGAGGCAGCUGAAUGGCGAGGUUGUGAUGAGACAAAGGGAGGAGUGCCGACCAAAGGAGUAAACAACGUGAACACGCACGAUGCCCCGCCGACCCCUCCACCCACCCGGCAGUGUCCCUUUGCAGCAGCCGUUGCGGCCGCUGGUCCUGGCGCACCAGAAGCGGAGAUGCCACAACCACCACCCAAGCCGGUCGAGCCCCCGCAAGCCCUCCAAAGAAGAUCGGAAGAGUCACAGCUGAAGAAACAGCCUUUGCGUCAACGGGACAAGUAUCAGGACACUGAGGAUUGGCGCAAGCUGAGGGCCUUCUGCAUCCGGGCUCGCUUUUGCGUGAACUUCAACCGAGAUUCGGAGGACGUGCGAUGCACGCUCCCGGCAGAUCAGUGUGAUUAUAAGCACGCCUGCGCCAUAUGUGGAGCUGAGGAUCGUGGAGGACCCGGUGCACAGUACCUGAGUCAUGGAGGUUGGAAUUGCCGGCAGCUUUCUGCCUGGCUCAUGGCGCAUGGAACAACCUAA